CGCAUGAAAAGUCUUGUUAUCUUUAAAUUUAAAUUACAAAUUAUUUAUUUACAGGGAGAUGUAUCAGAUAAUGAUAAAUUAGGAAUCAUUCCAAGAGUUGCACAUGAUAUAUUUAGCAGAACAGAAUCCUUAGAUGACAAAACAAAAAGCGAGAUAAAGAUAUCAUAUUAUGAGAUAUAUUUGGAGAAAAUAAUUGACCUUCUAAGCAAUUCCACUAAGGGAAAUUUAUUUGUAUAUGAAGACAAAAAACGUAUGCCCUUCAUAAGUGGUCUCAAAGAGGUCACAGUUAAGAAUGUCCAGGAAUUGAUGGAGUUUUUUACUGAAGCCAAGCUGAAAAGGCAUGUUUCUGAAACAGACUUAAACAAGAUGAGCUCCAGAAGUCAUACAGUGUUCCAAAUAGUCAUAAAACAGGAAAACUCUGCUGAACGAAAAAGAAUAACAGGAAAGCUCCUACUGAUUGAUUUGGCUGGCAGUGAGCGGGCCUGCCAAAGAGACGUAAGCGGUUCUGUAAUUCGAAGAGAAUCCAGCUACAUAAAUAAGUCUCUAUCAGUUUUGUCUAGAGUGAUUUUUGUUUUAACUAGUAAUACAGUAAGUAAAUAUUAGUUUCAAUGCAGAGCUAUUGAAAAAUACUUUUU